AUGAUAAGUAUUCGUCAAUUUCGUCAUGCCACGGAUUUACCCGUUUACAGUUUGCAAAGAGAAUACGAUAAAGCUCGACGGAUUUGCGCCGAAGAGGGAGGUCAUUUGGCCGUUUUAAACUCCUUGGCUGAGGCGAAAAUGGUGACGGAGAUCUUCCGGAAUUCGGAACGAAUUACCGGGUCAGAAUAUCCCGAUUUUGCCAGCAUUGGUUUUCACUCUCACUUCGCCCCAGAAGUGCAGUUCGUCACCAUCCAUAACGAGACUUUGGAAAAGGCUGGAUAUAAUCAAUGGAUGAAAGGCAGGACUCUUUCUAACGGAAAACGAGUCUGGGGAUCUCUCCACAUCUCAGGCGUUUUCAACAAUCACGGUUUACCCACGCCGUUAGGCUUUAUAUGCGAGCUUCCGAUCUGGCAACACUUUUUAUAUUUAGACCAAAAUAUUGUAUCGCCACGGCAAAAGCACGUAUACCGAGGUCCACCGGUCAACUUCAAAGUCACAGCUGCAGGCAACUACCUCGAUCAAAGCUCCGAUACACCGAGAGAUGGAAUUGACAGUUACAACUUCACGAAUCUUCGAAGUGAGUACACGAGUCCAAAACUUGCGACUUAUACUUGCAUGUUUGAAGCGAAUUCAAACGUCGAGAUUAAAAUUACGUUGAAUUUUGAUUAUCAUCGGUAA